AUGUUUGUGGAGCGCACAUUGGCACCCGAGCAGGAGGCACUUACUUGGCAAAGAUUCCGCACCGCAUUCUACUCCAAGUAUUUUCCCUCCAGUCGUCUGAGGGAGCUAGAGAGGGAAUUUCUCAAUCUGAAUCAAGGAACUAUGACUGUGGAUGAGUAUUAUGAGGCAGAGUUUGACAGGCUAUCUCGGGCUAAGAAUCUGGAAAUUGUCUGGAAAGAAACAUAUGAUGCCAAAGAUAGGAAACAAAAGAAGAGAAGCAGAGAUUAUGAUGCUCGCAGUGGACAGAAUUCUAGCAAGACUGCAAAAUCUCAUAAUCAAUCUUGGCAAUCAGGGAAGCAAGGAUCUUAUGGAAAAACUAUUCAGCAAGAGAAGCAUAAGGGUGAUGCAUGUGGUGGUAUGCAUAAGACUGAACACUGUAGACGAUUAUCCGGUGCUUGUUUCAGAUGCGGCCAGCAGGGUCAUAAGUCAGCUCAGCCUUCUCCUAAGCAGCAGAAAGGGGGGAGACCGCACACACAGGGUCGUAUUUAUGCACUGACUCAGCAGGAUGCUCAGGCAUCCAACACUGUGGUGUCAGGUACAUUGCCAGUUGCUUCUAUUUAUGCUCAUACAUUAUUUGAUUCUAGUGCUACGCAUUUUUUUGUGUCAUCUACAUUUGUGCAAAAACAUGACCUGCCUUAUGUGCAAUUAGAGUAUGAUCUGCAUGUUAGCACUCUUGCCGGGAGCGGAAUGAUUGGUAACCAGGUCUGCAAGACUUGUCCGAUUCAGAUUGUAGGUAGAGACUUGCCUGCUGAUUUGAUAGUUAUAGAUAUCCAUGACUUUGACAUAAUCCUCGGUAUGGACUGGUUAGCAUCACAAUUUGCCACCAUUAACUGCCAUGAGAAAUGGGUAAACUUUCAGAUCCCCAGAGAUACCGAAUUCAGCUUCGUAAGGAGUGGUGCUUAUACCUCCCCUCGAGUUGUCUCCGCUAUGCAAAUUAAGCGGCUGCUUAGAAAGGAGAGUAUGGCGGAUAUUGCCACAGUGGUUGAUACCAGACAAUCAGAUCAAAGAUUGGAAGAUAUUCGAGUAGUGAAUUAA